AUGAUAAAUUUGUAAAUUAGUUUUUGGGAUGUUAGCAAGACCUUAUUAGGGCAUCUUUCAAAUUAAUUGGACUAGAUGGAUCAAUUGACUUAGAAUUCUAGUUAACAAAUACAUACUUUUGAAACGGCCCAAAAAAUUUACUUAAAUUCAUGCAAAAAAUUAGUCAACAUUUCCAAGGAUGGCUUGAUAGAGUAAAGUCAAGUAUACUAUAAAAUGAAAUACCUUAAUAGAAUUUUAUUGACAAAAGAUAGAAAUACUAAUAAGAUUUAGAAUAAACUGCCAUCUCUAUUAGAAACACAUUUGAUUAAGUUGAACUAGAUAAAUGUUAUUUUUCCAUCACUUUAGCUCAUGGCUUAUUUACAAGGUCCACUUUCCCAUACAUGCCUAAUUAUGUGAAUAAGUUUUGUAAAAAGCCGAAAAAUUUAUCCAAACACAUAUAUCAAGUAUUAUUAAAAUAUGAGCAACCAAAAGAAAAUGAAAUAAAUGUUGCUAAUUAAUAAGUCAUUAUCUCUAACAAUAUAUAUAGUGUGACACUUGAUUUUUAUCAAGAUGUUUUUUAUCUUGUAUCAUUUUCCCCUAAGUAAGUUUCAAUUCUAUCAAAAAUUUAACCAUAAGUUAUGUAAUAAUACUGUUCAAGAUUUGCUGAAUAAUUACCAGAUUUAUAAAAAAAAGAGUGGUUUUUAGUUUAUUUAUGUUAUUAUUUUAAUAACGCAAUUAAAUUUGUAUAAGCUCAGGUUGCAUUUCAUAAUUUAAGAGCAUAAGGUAAACCUAUUCCAAUCUUAGAAUAACAUGACUCACAAUCUGAUGUAUAAUAAUUUAUUAAAAUAGUUUGAAAAUUAACUUCAAACAUAUGUAACUUAUAAAAAUACCAGAAAGUGUGCAUAAAGUGAAAUAAUUAUAAAGAGCAAUGAAAAUUAUUAUAUAUAGUUAACUGGACAAUCAGAUUCAUUGGAAAAUAUUGAAAUUUAUUGGAAUAUAAAUGAUAAUUUAUUAUAAAAGUUAGGUAGUUAUUAUUAGUUGUAAGCCCAAAAAUAGGAUUUAGGCAGAAUAAUUAAAUUAAAAAAUAGAGCAUAUCCAACUUAUUUUAAAUUAAAUUCUUCAUUGGAUUAAUAUCAUAAUGAAGAUUCAUCAAUAGAUGAAAUUUUCGAAAUAACAAAAUGUCAUAAUUAUUUUAAAAUGUUCCCAUUCAUUAUUGCAUCAGAUUCCUCCUUAUCUUCAAUAGAUAUAUGGUAUGAAUUGGGAUCUUAGCUUCUAAAAUUACCAAUUACAUAUGAAGAUGAAAUUAUAUUAGAAAAGAUGUUUCAGUAUAAUGAGGAACCUUGGGAAUAUUUAAGAUGGGUAAUUGUGAGAACUAGUGCACUUUAAAUUAAAAGAUCUAUUGCAUAAAUAAAGAUAGAAAAUAAAGCAAUUAAAUUUUUAUAAAAGUCCAAGCCAGAUGACAAAAUCUUUGUUUCAAUUUUAAAUUAGGAAGGAUUUAGAUGUCUGGAUGAAAUGAUUCCACUUUAAACCAUCUUUCCAUCUUUUAAUCAGAUUGACUUUGUUUAAAGUAAAUAGAUUAUUGAGGAUAAAUUAAUAGAUGCUAAAUUCUCUUUAAUUUCAGAAAAAUAUAAUAACCAUAUAUGA